CUGGAAGCACACCGUCCACGCAUGGCGCAAAUGUGCAAAGUUAUUGUGCACAAACUCUCAGCUGCAGGCAGAGAUUAAAGAUGUUUUACUGGAUGAAGAGGAGCAGCGGCGGCUCGGAGACGCUCGACAGUCUGGGGAACAUGUCCAAGGCGGAGAUACUGAGAGGGAUCGUGACCGAGAAGCUGAGCACCGCCGCGCAGGAGAUCUUAGCGGUGGUGGAGAGAACCGUGGCCGGGUACGAGGAGGAGGCUGCGGGCUUCAGACGGGAGAUCGACCGGCAGAGGAGACAGCUGGAGCUCCUCCUGCAGCCUCGGGUCAAACUGGAGAGGAAAGCCCUGGUGUCAGAUGUGGAGAGCCAUGAGGUGGUUAUUGUGAGUGAGGGGGAGGAGGAGGAAGAGGAGCAGCAGCACACACAGCAGCAGUCAGAUGUGGAAGACACUGGGAGUCUGGGCCUCCUGUGGUUUGAUGACGAUGAAGAGGGUGAUGAUGGAGAUGAAGGGCAGCAGCUGUCGGCAACAAGCUCCAGAAAGGGACGCGAAGAUCUGAAGGACCCGGAUUUUCAAAUAACAUCAAGGUUAAUUUCCCCCAGAGGUCGGUCUGACAGGAGAAGGCCCGGCAGGCCUCGGACCAGUGACACACAGAAACAUCUAGAUCUCAGGAUCUGCAUCCUGGAGGACUCUCAGACCAGUGUGCUCUCAAACAGGGUGUUUCGGAAAUGUCCGGUGCAGGAGCUGCAGUGUCCUCGUGGGCUGCAGGAGGCGGACUUCCUGGACCUGCUGAGGUCCACCUUUCCUCAGCUGGCUGCUCAGAAACCUUUAGACUUCUUCACGACUGACAGAACGAAGAGACUGCAGCCGCUUAGAGUGACGACGGUGACGCCGGAGGAGAUCGACAGGAGCAUUAGGCUGACUGGAGCGGGAAACUCAGCCCUCUACAUCCGCCUGAAGACCGGAGAGGAUCCUGAGAGCAGCAGUGACGACCUUCAUCCUCUACAGAGACAAGAUGAUUCUCCGUCCAGCUCUGCCACGACGUCGACUGAUCAAACCCAAACACACCACAGAGAUUCUUCUGAGAGGAGGAAGCGUGGCAGACCUCGCCUCGGUGAAGAACCAACUCACCACCUCCUUAAAAUCUGCAUGCUGGAAGACUCCCAGUCCGACCUGCUCUCUAAAAACGUGUUACUGAAAUCCUCGAUACAGGACCUGAGGUGUCCUCGCGGUCUGCAGGAGGCGGACUUCCUGGACCUGCUGAGAUCUACCUUCCCUCAGCUGGCAGAAGCCAACAAACCUUUUGACAUCUUCAAGUCCGACAGGAGCAGGAGGCUCCAGCGGCUCCAAGUGAAGACGCUGACGCCGGACGAGAUCUACAGGACCAUGAAGUCCACCGGCGUCGCAAAGACGCUGCUCUACAUCAGAGUGAAGACAGGAGAGGAGGAGGAGGAGGAGGAGCUUCACCUCUUACAGAGAAACGAUGAGACGUCCUCCGAUUCUCCGUCCGCUGAGCUGAUGAAGAGUGAUGAAGCCGGACUCAGUUCAAGCAGGUCGGUACAGCACGUAGAAGGUAACAGAGUUCACUCACAACCACCGGAGGAAGCUGAUGACGAUGCUGCUGCAGAGAAGCAAGCGGACUCCAGCGACGACGACGACAACAAAGACGAGGCGUUUGAUGGAGACGACGACUGGAAACCGGAUCCCGAGACGCAGUCGUCGAAGCCGAGGAGGAAGCGAGGAGGCAGGACGUCCGGCGGGGAGGAGAGGUCGAUUGAGAGCAGCAAAACACCGUGUAAAGUGUGUGGCGUUUGGUACAGGAUGCUGGGCAGUCUGAUCAAACACGCCUGGAGUCACGUGGAGGAGCCGCAGUGCAUCUGUGGUGUGUGCGGAGAGCGUUUCCAAUCCGUGGAGGAGUUAAAGGGACAUCUCAGAAAUUAUCAGAAAACUCACGACUGCUCGUAUUGUGGAAAGUCUUUCUUUACCGUCACCGGCCUCAACUGCCACACCACCCUGCACACGGGAGACCGACCGUUCAAAUGUGACGUCUGCAACAAGACCUUCGCUCACAUGUCCGGUCUGAGCGUUCACCGCUGGGUCCACGUGGCCGAUAAACCUCACAAGUGUGACAUCUGCCCAAAGGCGUUCGGUCUGAAGGCGCAGCUCAGAGCUCACAGGAAGGUGCACUCGGGCAGAGACAAGUACCACUGCAACGUCUGCGGCAAGUCUUUCUAUGACCUGCGAUCUUUGACGCGUCACAAGGCGACUCACUCUGGGGAGCGGCGUUAUGGCUGCGAGGUCUGCGGGAAGCGUUUCAAACUGCCAGGCACGUUGAAGUCGCAUGAGAAGAUCCACACGGCCAGAGACCGGCCGUACCUCUGCCACAUCUGCUGCAAGACCUUCAUGUCCAACUGCGGUUUAACGACUCACAUGAAGACGCACAGCAACGAGCGUCCGUUCACCUGCGUCGUCUGCAGCAAAGGCUUCAUAUCCAACGGUGAGCUGAAGGCGCACAUGCGUGUGCACAGCGGCGAGGCGCCGUACGGCUGCUCGGAGUGCGGCCGCUUUUUCAAACGAAAGACUCACCUUAACAACCACGUGAGGAGCCACUUGGGCAUCAAACUGUUUGUCUGCGCCGUCUGCGGGAAGGCGUGCUCUCGCCAAGAACACCUGACGGUCCACAUGAGGACCCACAACGGAGAGAGACCGUACCAGUGCAGCCUCUGUGACAAGGCCUUCACUCAGGGCCAUUGUCUGAAAACACACAUGAAGAGUCACCACGGGGAAGAAAACCCGUUCCUGAGCGAAUCCACGUCCUGAAAGAUGCGUUUUAACAGCCAGUUCCGUCUGAAAAACCACAUCUUUUCUUAAAAUGUGUCCACAGAAAACUGACAUCAGAUUUGUAAACUGUCGCUGAUUUAAAGGACCGGUGUGUAGGAUUUAGUGGCAGAUUGCAGCCAUUUGAAUACCGCUCACGUGUACGAGAAACUACGCUGGGCGCAAAAAAAUGUGAAAGCCCCAAUCUACGGCCAGUGUUUGGUUAGUCUGUUCUAGGCUAUUGUAGAAACAUGGUGGACUCCGCCAGAAGAUAAAACAUCUCAUUUUAACAAAAACACAAUGAUUCUUAUUUUCAGGUGAUUAAACACUAAUGAAAACAUACUUGUGAACAUUAUAUUACAGUAAUGUUACACACUGGACCUUUAAAUCUUUUUUGUAAAAACACUUAAAGCAGUGAAAAAGUGUUCAAGUAUUGGUGUUAAAAAAUUUCAUAUUAUUUUACUUUAGGGAGGAAAAAGAAAUUAAACACAAACAAUCGAUUAAUCAACUGACAACAGAUAUUUUGGUGUUUAAAUGUAGCAGUCGUUAACGAGCCUCCUUUUGUUUUUUCAUUAAAACAAUAAGAGCUGAAAACAAUCAACAACUUUUUCAAUAAUUAUUUGUUUUGGUGUUUUCAUACCAAGCUCUACUUUUUGAUAAAAAAAAAACAGAAAACUAAUUUCUGGAACAAUUAAUCGAUUAUUUGUUUUAGUUUGUUACCAAAAUUCAGGUAUCAUAACAGCACGAGUAUUUAAAAAGACAAAAAGCUGAAAGAAUUUAUUGAUUUACAGAAAUAGAAGAUAAAUAACUGACUUUUAUCUGUUUUACAUCUUUGUAAACUGAAUAUCUUCAAAACAAAAACAAACACGUAAAUGAUCAAUCAUCAUACAUCAUACAAAUAAAUGAUCAGUUUCAGCUCUAAAGAACUUUGAGUUUAAAAGAGGAGUUGUGAUGCAGGUUUCAGGGCUGCUGCAGUAUAAACAGUCCUGAACUGUUUACAGAGGGAAGAAAUCUGAUCCUUCGUUAGAACUACAAAUAAUUACAGAUCUUUAGGUAGCAGAGUCGUGUUGUUCUUCAUGUUGUAUUUACUGAUACUUUCUGUCUCUCUACUGUCGAUAUCCAAAAAAAAGACGUAAAUUUCACUCUUGCAAACUUUAUCUCUGUUGUGUAGAAACUGAAACUGUACAGUGAUAUAUAUUUUUUACAUGUUUUCUUGCAGUGUCGAUUAGUUAAUUAGUUUUUAUUUACGUUCCGCUGUUGCCAUAAAA